AUGAUUGAACUGGCCGAGGAUCAAACGGAAUAUGUCGCUCUAAGUUAUGUCUGGGGGAAGUAUGGCGUAUCCGAGAACGCUGCCAUUCUCAACGAAGCCGACGCAUUCGCCCAACCCCAGCCUGCCAACAAGAAAACAUUCCCGAGAGAGCUACCCCGCAAACUGGACCUCACCAUCGAAGAUGCAAUUCAAGUAACUUUGGAAAUGGGAUUUUCCUUCCUCUGGGUCGACAAAUAUUGCAUCGAUGAAAACAACCCCGCGGAGAAAAAACGGCACAUCCGCAAUAUGGACUCCAUUUACCAGGAUGCCGCCUUCACAAUCAUCGCCGCAGCCGGAGACGACGCCGACUACGGCCUUCCGGGCGUGAGCACGCGCCCUCGGACCUCGCGGACGAGCUGCAGGGUCGAAAACUUCCUCGUUCUCAGCGGCGGCCUCCACAACAACAACGGCGGCACGGAGACGACGGAGUACCGGCCCAACCAGACCGACGUCCUAUCGCAGUCCAAGUGGAACUCCAGAGCGUGGACGUACCAAGAAGGCUUGCUCUCGCGGAGGUGCCUCGUUUUCACCGACGAACAGGCAUCCUUCGCGUGCCGGCUGAUGAUGGUCGCGGACGGAUCGGAGACGCGGCCGACCCCGGGCUUCUCAUUGGAGAAGCAGCUGCACUCGGGCUUCCUGUGGCAGGAAAUCGCUGCUGUUGGAAUCGGGGGUCGUCCUGCGGAGAUCGCGUCCCGGAUCUAUGAGUAUAGCCAGAGGCAGUUGACGCGGCCUGAAGACAUCCUCAAUGCUUUUUCGGGGAUCUUGAGAGCUUUUGAGAAGAUGGAUCCGCCGACGUCGUUCUUCUGGGCCUGA